AUGUCUGUGAAAAUGACAGCAGCACUGCUCCUGCUCCUGAUGCAGCUGAGUGGCUUCUUUGGAUCUGGUACCGGAGGAAAGGUGCUGGUAUGGCCAAUGGAAUUCAGCCAUUGGCUCAACUUAAGGAUAAUCCUAGAUGAACUUCUGAAGAAUGGCCAUGAAGUGAUAGUUCUGAAACCUUCAGCAUCCUUAUCUUACCAGGUUGACAACACAUCUGCUAUUGAAUUCGAGACUUACCCUACAACAUACUCCUUAACUGAGCUUGAGGAAACUUUCUGGGAAUCACUCAGAAAAUAUAUUUAUGAGCUGCCAAAGCAGUCAUUUUGGGGAUACUUCUUAAUGUUGCAAGAACUGGUUUGGAUAGAUUCAGAUUAUUUUGAGAGUAUCUGCAAAGAUGUAGUUUUUAACAAGGAACUCAUAACAAAGCUAAAGAAAUCUAGUUUUGAUGUCAUCGUGGCAGAUCCAUUCAUACCCUGUGGUGACCUGUUGGCUGAGAUUCUCAAGGUACCCCUUGUGUACAGUCUCCGUUUCUUUCCUGGCUCCACUUAUGAAAAGUACAGUGGAGGACUCCCACUGCCUCCUUCCUACGUGCCCGUUGUUCAGUCAGAAUUGAGCGAUAGAAUGACAUUCAAGGAGAGAGUGAGAAAUUUCAUCUAUAUGCUGUGUUUUGACUUUUGGUUCCAAACAUUUAAUGAGAAGAAGUGGGAUCAGCUUUACAGUGAAGUAUUAGGAAAACCCACAACACUCUCAGAGACUAUGGCAAAGGCUGACAUAUGGCUCAUUAGGACCUACUGGGAUUUGGAAUUUCCUCACCCUGUCUUACCAAAUUUUGAUUUUGUUGGAGGACUCCACUGCAGACCUGCUAAGCCCCUGCCUAAGGAAAUAGAAGACUUCGUCCAGUCUUCUGGAGAACAUGGUGUUGUGGUGUUUUCCCUAGGGUCCAUGGUGGGUAGUCUAACAGAAGAAAGGGCCAAUGUGAUUGCAGCAGGCCUUGCCCAGAUUCCACAGAAGGUUCUUUGGAGAUUUGAAGGCAAGAAACCAGAAACUUUAGGCUCUAACACUCGUCUGUACAAAUGGAUCCCCCAGAAUGACCUUCUCGGUCACCCCAAAACCAGAGCUUUCAUAACUCAUGGUGGCACCAAUGGCAUCUAUGAGGCAAUCUACCAUGGGGUUCCUGUAGUUGGCAUUCCUUUGUUUGGAGACCAAUAUGACAAUAUUGUUCACUUGAAGACCAAAGGAGCAGCUGUUAGACUGGACUUUCUCACAAUGUCCAGUACAGAUUUGGACACUGCACUGAAGACAGUCAUUAAUGACCCUUCCUAUAAGGAGAAUGCCAUGCGGUUAUCAAGAAUCCACCAUGAUCAGCCAAUAAAGCCCCUGGACCGAGCUGUCUUCUGGGUCGAGUUUGUCAUGCGCAACAAAGGAGCCAAGCACCUGCGUGUGGCAGCCCAUGACCUCAGCUGGGCCCAGUACCACUCUCUGGAUGUGAUCGGGUUCCUGCUGGCCUGUGUGGUGACUGUGAUGUUCAUCCUCAAAAAGUGUUGCCUCUUUUGUUGUCAGAAGUUGACUAAAGCUGGAAAGAAGAAAGGGGAGUAA